AUGAAUGAUGAUGAUGAUGAUGAAGAUGAUGAUGUUGCCUUAAUAAUGUUAAUGAUGAUGACGGUGAUUAUCGAAAUGCAAGGAUUAAUAAUAAAUAGAAUCACACACACACAUACACAUAUACAUCUAGAGAAUAUGCAUAUUACACAAUAUAAAGAAGAUGAGAUCAGGGAAUUAACAGUACCCGAUCUUAAAAAGAUUAUUACAGACAGUGGAAAUAGUACUGCUGGUUGUUUUGAAAAGAGUGAAUUGGUUGAUUUAGCUAUUAAAUUGAGAAAUACAUUACCACCACCAGUCGAUUUAAAAGCAUUAGCUCGUCAAGACGUUGAUACAAUUAGAAAUGAAAAGGUUGAUUACUAUGAAGUUUUGGCUGUCGUCAAGACUGCUACAACAUCUGAAAUUCAGAAAGCUUAUUAUAAAUUAGCAAAAGAAUAUCAUCCAGAUAAAAACAGAAAUGAUGCACAUGCAGAAGAAAUGUUUAAAAAGAUUAGUGAAGCAUAUCAAGUAUUGAGUGACCCAGAAAAGAGAAAGAAAUACGAUCAAUUUGGUUUCGACGCGAUGAAUGAAAGCAUGAUUGAUCCAUUGGAACUCUUUAGAUUGAUAUUUGGUGGAGCACAAUUCCAAAACUUCUUUGGUGAUCUCUCCUUUUACGACCUCUUUGCUCAGCAAUUUGAUCCAAACAAUCCAGAGGAAUUCAAACAACCCGAUCCAGAAGAGAUUGAAAAGAAACAAAAGAUCAGAAUAGACGAACUUUCAAAACAAUUGGUCAUUUUAAUUGAACCAUAUGUUCAAGGAAACAAAAAAGAAUUUACUGAUAUGAUAACUGAAAAAGCAGGAGAAAUGGCACUUACACCAGGUGGACCAGAGUUGUUAUCAUUGUUGGGUUAUAUAUACGUACAGGAGGCCAAACAACAUAGUACAUUUGGAUUCAUUUAUGAGAUUUCAGAAAAGGGUCACAAGGCUAGCGAAUUUUAUUCAACCAUUAAAUCGGCUUUCAAGAUGCAAAGUCAGGUACAAAACAUGGCACAAAACGAGAAUCAAGGAGAGGUACCUCCAGAAGGCCUAUUAAAAGAAGGUCUCAAGUUGAUUUGGAAGAUUGGACGUUUGGAUAUCGAUUCGGCAGUCAGAGAGGUUUGCGAGCGUGCCAUGGACAAGAAGAAAAUAGCAAAGGACGAACGUAAACAUAGAGUAGAGGCUAUCAAGUUACUAGGCCAGAUUUUUGAAAAGAAGGGUGCAGAGCACAAAGGCAAGAGUGGUCCAGAGGAUAUUUUUAAUUUAGCUGCUCAAGCAGAACAUCCCAACCCCACUUCUCCAAACUCUUCUACUACCUCUCCACGAGCCACUACUAGUUCUACCACCUCUCCACGAACUACUACUACUACUAGUUCCACUACAACUUCUUCUACUACUACGAAUACUACUUCAUCUCAUUAA